CAAGCCAGCUGCACGUCAACAAAAGGGCCAACAGCACCUGCCCUCUGUCUCGCCAGCGUGAAAGGACUCUGAUCUGCCAGCCCCAGUAUUUAUUCCAGCUCAUUCACCAGCAUCCCUGCAAAUCGCCUGCACGUCACUCGAGCGUGCCCCGCCGAAGCCUACUUUCACCGCCCGCAACAUUCCCACAAUGAAGUCCUCGCCCCGCCCAAGCACUCGGUAGCAUAUCACAUCACCUCGAAUUAAACCUCAAUCAUACUGUACCCUCUCUUGUAUGGUUGAACCCCGCACCGACUGCCCUUGAUUACACACAAACUGUUCUGCAUUUGAGACGGCGGAGGAAAUGGAGGCCCAGGUCGAAAAUGCCAUCCAAAUCGCCUCGGACCCCACCUCGAACCAGCAGCUGCGCGGCCAGGCGAUAGAAUACCUCAACCAGCUGCGAGCUGAAGGCACAGCAUGGCAGGCCUCGCUAGCUCUGUUCAUCCGCGACCCACGUCCCUCCGACAUCAUUCGCCAUACUUCCCUCGACCUCGUCAACAAUGCCGUCCAGGAGCACCGGCUCGACGAGCAGAGCCUCGCAUACAUCAAGGAUACGCUCAUGAGUCACAUUCGCCAGUCGUAUGCGCCUGGCAGUAGCUCGACCGACACAAAUCAUAUCCAGAACAAGCUGAUGCAGACUAUGACUUAUCUCUUUGUAGUGUUAUACCCUUCUUCAUGGCAGUCUUUCUUCGACGAUUUCCGCGCACUGGCCGACCAGGCAGCCAUUGGCAGCGCCAACACCGCUACGACUUUCCUAUACCUGCGCGUACUUGGCCAAAUACACGAUGAAAUCGCCGAUCAGCUUGUGGCGAGGCCUGAAGACGAGAAGAAGCGCAACACCGAGUUGAAGGACCUGAUUCGACAGCGAGAUGCUCAAAAGAUUUCAGUAUCAUGGCAGGAGAUUCUGGGCAAGUGGAGAGAAAUUGAUCUAGGUCUCGUUGAGAUGUGUCUGCGGACCAUCGGUCGAUGGGUCAGCUGGACGGACAUCAACCUCAUUGUGAACCAGUCCAUGAUCAGCACAUUCCUGGAAAUGGCUGGGCAGCAAGGCAUCAGCGACCCCGAGAGUCCAGCUGGCCGAGUCCGAGAUGCAGCCAUCGAUACCUUCUCCGAGAUUGUGGGCAAGAAGAUGAGCCCAGGGGACAAGAUUGAGCUCAUACUGUUCCUCAAUCUCUCGGAAGUUGUUGGCCAGCUCCUUGGAAGCCCUGCGCUGGCAGAAUACAACAGCCCGAACUACGAUAACGACCUUGCGGAGACCGUAGCGAAACUCGUCAACAACAUCGUCUUUGACGUUGUCAAGAUCUUGGAGAGUGACUCUGCCAACGACGAGACCCGCCAGCGGGCUGACGACCUCAUUCGAAUCUUCACGCCGUACCUUCUGCGCUUCUUCGCCGACCAAUACGAUGAAGUCUGUUCGACCGUCAUCCCAGCCCUGACCGAUCUGCUUACUUUCCUGCGCAAACUCCAGAAAAAGACUGGGUCCGUGCCGCCUCAGUAUGCAGCUGUGCUGCCGCCUGUCCUGGACGCCAUCAUUGCGAAGAUGAAGUACGACGACACCGCAUCGUGGGGCGAGGAGGACGAGCAAACAGAUGAGGCCGAAUUCCAGGAUCUGCGAAGACGUCUACAUGUGCUGCAACAGACAGUCACAGCUAUCGACGAGCCAUACUACAUUGAGACUCUCAGCCGAGUGGUGAAUGGAACAUUUGGACGUCUGUCGCAGGGUGAUCAGAGCCUGAACUGGCGUGAUCUGGAACUGGCUUUGUACGAGAUGUACCUGUUUGGAGAACUCGCAGUCAGGAACCAGGGUUUGUAUGCAAAGCGUGAACCGUCAUCUGUUGCUGCUCAGCAGCUUGUGGGUAUGAUGCACAGCAUGAUCGAUUCAGGGCUUGCAAACUACUCACAUCCUGCCGUUCAGCUUCAGUACAUGGAGAUAUGCGUCCGAUACUAUCAGUUCUUUGAGCAAAACCCUCAGCUGAUCCCCAAGGUUCUAGAGAACUUCGUUACAUUGACACAUAGCAACCAUGUCAAGGUCCGCUCACGAUCAUGGUACCUCUUCCAGCGACUAGUCAAGCAUCUGCGAGCCCAACUGGGCAAUGUCUCGUACAACAUCAUUCAGGCCGUUGGAGACUUGCUUACAAUCAAGGCGGAGGUCCCUGACACUUCUGAAGAUGACAUGUCCUCAGACGAGGACGACCAGUCCGCGGAUGCCCUUUUCAACUCCCAAUUGUACCUGUUUGAGGCAAUUGGGUGCAUAGCCUCUGCAAACACAGUCUCGACAGAAAACAAGCAGCUGUACGCCCGGACGAUCAUGAGCCCUUUGUUCGCCGACAUGGAACAGACACUUCCUCAGGCUCGAAAUGGAGAUGAACGAUCGAUCCUCCAAAUCCACCACAUCAUCAUGGCGCUUGGUACGCUUGCGCGUGGAUACUCAGAUUGGGUUCCCACAGCCAACAAUAGCACCGCACCUCUUACCGAAGUCGCCGACGAGUUCACCAAAGCUUCCGAAGCCAUCCUCGUCGCCCUUCAGUCCCUCAACACUUCUGGAUCGAUUCGCCACGCCGCGCGCUUCGCAUUCUCGCGACUGAUCUCUGUCCUUGGCUCACGACUGCUGCAACAGUUGCCUUCUUGGAUCGAGGGGCUUCUCUCGCUCAGCUCUUCUAUGGAUGAGAUCAGCACUUUCCUCAAGGUCCUUGCCCAGGUCAUCUUCACAUUCAAGUCGGAGAUCUCUAGCAUCCUAGACACGGUCAUGACUCCAGUUCUGCAGCGCAUCUUCACAGCGCUGGCAGUAACACCAUCGGGCACAGAUGACGAGAUUCAACUGGCUGAGCUCCGCCGCGAGUACCUGAACUUCAUCACUGUUGUUUUAAACCAGAAUCUUGGAUCUGUGCUCGUCAGCAACGCCAACCAAGCAACUUUCGAGCCCGUGGUUUCAUCGAUCGAGACCUUCGCCCGCGAUACUCGCGACUACCAGACCGCCCGUCUCGCUAUCUGCGUAUUCAUCCGCAUGAUCAACGUCUGGAGCGGCCCCGAUAAAGUCGGGCCCGGCGCAAACGCAACUCCCACAACACCCGGUACCGAACCUCUGCCUGGCUUCGAUAACUAUGUCGUCGAGCGCUUCUCUCCUCUCGUCUGGUCGAUCCCUGCCUCGCCUGGUUUCAACUCCAAGGACGCACAAGCCAAGCAAGUCCUCUACGAAACCGCCAAUCUACAGACCGAGAUCAUCAAGAAGGUUGGAGAGCCAUACGUCGAGCGUCUGCGUGGCGACCUAGGCGGUAUGGGUGUUGGUGGAGACGUUGUGGACCAGUAUCUGCGCACACUUGCCGGCGCCUUCGAGGGUGCCAAAAAGGAGAAGGAAUGGAGGAACUUCUUUGCGCAAUUUGUCGAGCGCGCAACGUCAGGAAGGACGUAGAAGUUAUCAGAGAAUAAGACAGAGCAAAGGAUGAAGAGGGAUUUCCUAUGUAUCUCAUGGCGACGGCGGCAUCAUCCGGCGCGCAUUGGACGGCAUUGGCAUGUUUUCGAGAUAACCCCAUAUAGCACCAGUUCGCUUUGUAGCUGGAACAAAG